AUGGCUACAUCCAUCGAAGAGUUUCCUCAUAAAGCGGUCCCAGCUGGUGCAUGGGACACUCAUCACCAUAUCUUUGAGCCAGACCGCUUCCCCUUCGCUGAAGGCCGACAUUUCACUCCUUCCCGGGCAUCAUUUGAACAGCUCCAGGAGUUUGAAAAAUCGAUCGGGGUGGAUCAUGUCUGUAUCGCUCAUGGUCUCUCUUAUGGUCUAGACUGCACCUCUCUGCUUUACUAUCUGGAACGCUUCGCAGGCCAAGCACGUGGAAUCUGUGUCUUAGAUCUCAAUACAGUCACCGACGAGCUACUUGACCAAUAUAACGCAGCUGGUAUUCGGUCUGUUCGUCUGGACUUCUUCCGUAACAGUUGUAUGGAUGACGUUGAUGCUCAAUCUCAUCUGAUUGAAGAGACGGCUCAACGGCUUGCUCAGUGGGGAAAGCCCAACUGGAGUAUUCAAAUCCAACAGCCCCAUCUUGAAUUCUGGCCACGCCUACGUGAUGUGAUCCAGCGAAUUCCUAUUCCAGUUGUUGUUGAUCACUUCGCCCUCAUCGCAGCGAGCAGCUAUCGACUCGAUGACAACACCACGAAUAUUCAAGACGACACUUUCCUCGACGAGGUAGAACGGCGUGGACUCGAAGCACUCUGCCAAACACUUUCCGAGGGUAACCUGUGGAUCAAACUCUCUGCUCCCUAUCGAUGCUCGAAUCUGGCCCCCGAAUACGCCGAUUUGAAGUGGCUCGUACGUCGCCUGACCGAUGCCAACCCCAAAAGGGUACUCUGGGGAAGUGAUUGGCCUCAUACUCAGCGUCACAAAGAUAGAAUUGGAAAGAGCUCUACGAGUAAAGAGCCUUUCCUGAACAUUGAUGAUAAGGCAUGGAUUGAAUCCAUGAGCCGUUGGUUGUCUGAAGAGGAAUGGAGGCUACUGUGGAUUGAGAAUCCCGCCACGUUGUAUGACUAUCCGGUACCUGCUUAG